AUGUCUAAGUCGCGAACUGCUUACCAACAUAAUGUACACAAAUUUCAAAGGUCGUUACUUAAUCUCGUGAUUAGUGACGCUCUUGCGGCCAUCAUUAAAUAUCAAAAUAUUUUGCUGGCGCUUGAGAACGAUAUUUUUAUGGAAUUACCUGUUGAAUUGUCAAAAAAAUUUUUCGACCCACAACACCUGAAAUUGGAACCGGCUUUCAAUGCUUACAAGGCGUCUAACAUCAACAAGUUAGCUAAUUUUAUUAAUAACAAAAAAUGUCCCACUUCUAAUCUAAUUGACUCGACCUUUGAAAAUUGGAUUGUGAAUCUCAGCAAUACGGAAAUUCCUGUCAAUGUUAAUGACGUUCUAAAAAUGGGACCCAAAUAUGGCAUUCCUUUUAAGCCCCACCGCAUCCCAACCAACAAACUUAUUUCUGAUUUUGAAUCAAAGAUUUCUUUUAUUCCCUCUGACCGCCGCAAUAUGGCUCGCCAAGAUUUUACAAACGCCUUAGAAAAGUUCAUCAACACCCCUUCUCUCAUUCACGGUGACAAGAAUAUCCUUCAUGAAAUUAAUGAAACUAAGAUCUUUCAAAACAAUAACCAGGAUUUACUUUUCUUGAAGGCAGACAAGGGAAACACGACUGUUGUGAUGAACAAACAAAUGUACGAGGAAAAAAUGCUGCAACAUCUCUCUAACAACAACGCCUACAAAGUUGUUAGAUAUGAUCUUACCUGUACCCUGCAACAGGAAGUUAAAAAAUUAACAAUGAAUCGGUCCAAAAGUAAACUCAUCUCGGAUCAACUUAGACGUCAAAUCGCAAAAACUGAUUGUUUACCACCUAGAGCCUACGGGCUACCUAAAAUUCAUAAACCUGAUACACCGGUAAGAAUUAUAGUGUCGUUCACAGAUAGUCCGACUAUCAAUCUAGCUCGCUUCCUCAGUGAAUGGAUUGGUAACAACAUCGUCCCUCCCUUGUCACGUGUAAGAGAUAGUUUUGCUCUGGUUAAUUCUAUCAGGAACUUUCGUCUCCCACCUGAUCAUGUAUUAGUUUCGCUGGAUGUUGUGUCAUUGUUUACCAAUGUUCCACAUGAUCUAGCAAAUAAUGCGGUGAAACAGCGUUGGCAUCAGUUGGUGGACAAAAUUCCUGUCCCACUUAAUGAACUCAUAAAAGCAUUACACAUCUGCUUUAAGGCUGCCAUAUUCAAAUUUAAUCAGAACAUAUAUGCUCAAACUUAUGGUUUACCGAUGAGCUCGCCUCUCUCUCCAAUUUUGUCGGAUUUGGUUUUGGAUGAUCUUGAACAAUAUUGUCUCAAUAAACUGGACUUCAAGCCUUCUUUCUAUUUCAGAUAUGUAGAUGACAUAAUCACAGCUGUUCCUUCGGAUAAAGUUGCAGAAAUGCUAUCUGUCUUCAACCAAUUCCAUCCGAGAUUACAAUUCACCUCUGAAAUAGAGUUUAAUCAUCGAAUUAGCUUCUUAGAUGUUUUGAUCAUUAAUGAUAACCAGCUCAUCAAAACAGAUUGGUUCCAUAAGGCUACCUGGUCACAAGGUAUUUAA